UCAACAUCAGGUUCGGUUUCACUGCUGUACCUUGUGGAAGAGGAUUGAAUUCCAGUCUGACAGGAGGAUCGGCUGUCAAUUAGAAGCCCCUUUGCCCUUGCUCUGCUGUCCAGUUGCACCAUGGGGAAGAAGAGUCGAGUGAAGACUCAGAAGUCAGGGACAGGCGCCGCGGCCGUGGUGUCCCCCAAGGAGAUGAUGAGCCUCAUCUCUGAGCUCCUACAGAAGUGUAGCAGUGCUGCCCCCGCUCCAGGGAAAGAGUGGGAGGAGUAUGUUCAGAUACGAGCCCUGGUGGAGAAGAUCCGCAAGAAGCAGAAAGGACUGUCGGUGAUGUUUGAGGGCACCAGGGAGGAGUACUUCUCUGAGCUCAUGGCCUGGGCCCAGGAGAGCGGGGCCUCCUGCGACGGCUUCCAGAUCGCCGACUUUGGAGACGAGGGCUUCGGCCUCCGCGCUACCAGGGACAUCAAGGCAGAGGAGCUGUUCCUGUGGAUCCCCAGGAGCAUGCUGAUGACUGUGGAGUCAGCUAAGAACUCUGUCCUGGGCCCCCUGUACAGCCAGGACCGAAUCCUCCAGGCCAUGGGCAACGUGACGCUGGCUCUGCACCUGCUGUGCGAGCGCUCGGAGCCCGCCUCGCCGUGGCUGCCCUACAUCAAGACUCUGCCCUCCGAGUACGACACGCCCCUCUACUACGAGGAGGAGGAGGUGCGCCACCUGCUGGGCACGCAGGCCGUGCAGGACGUGCUGAGUCAGUACAAGAACACAGCGCGCCAGUACGCAUACUUCUACAAGGUGGUCCAGACUCAUCCCACCGCCAGUAAGCUGCCCUUGAAGGAUGCCUUUACAUUCGAUGACUACAGAUGGGCAGUUUCCUCAGUGAUGACCCGUCAGAACCAGAUCCCCACUGAGGAUGGCGUCCGGGUCACCUUAGCCCUCAUCCCGUUGUGGGACAUGUGUAACCAUACCAACGGCCUGAUCACCACGGGCUACAACCUGGAGGACGACAGGUGUGAAUGUGUCGCCUUGCAAGAUUACAAAGAGAACGAUCAGAUCUACAUCUUCUACGGCACCCGCUCCAACGCCGAGUUUGUCAUCCACAACGGCUUCUUCUUCGAGGACAACGCCCACGACCGGGUCAAGAUCAAGCUGGGCGUGAGCAAGAGCGAGCGUCUGUACGCCAUGAAGGCCGAGGUGCUGGCCCGCGCCGGCAUCCCAGCGUCUAGCAUCUUUGCCCUGCACUGCAGCGAGCCCCCCAUCUCUGCCCAGCUGCUGGCCUUCCUCAGGGUCUUCUGCAUGACCGAGGAGGAGCUGAAGGACUACCUUCUUGGAGAGCACGCCAUCAAUAAGAUCUUUACCCUGGGCAACACAGAGUUCCCAGUGAGCUGGGAGAACGAGAUCAAGCUGUGGACCUUCCUGGAGACCCGGGCUGCCCUGCUCCUUAAGACAUACAAGACCUCCUCAGAGGAGGACCGGUGUGAGUUGGAGAAGCCCGACCUCUCCCUCCACUCUCGCGUCGCCAUCCAGCUCCGCCUGGCUGAGAAGCUGAUCCUGGAGCGGGCGUCUGGCAGCGGACGGGCCAAGCGCCUGCACUUCCAGAAGCAGCUGGAAGAGGGCGCUCCGCUGCCCCGCUACGAGGAGAGCGACAUCGCACUGCUGGAGAAUGCUGACGUGGAUGCUAAGAUACCGAUCAUUUUGCGCAAGCUUGAGGAGGUGGAGGCAGUUGAGCAGGAGCUGAGCCUGACCGAGGUCCUCUCCCAGGAGGAAGACCUGGGGCGGGGCGACGGGGAGAGGGAGGUCCCUUUAGUCAACGGAAAUGUCAAGUUGAUCAAUGGUACGGAUGUUAGCCCGACCGUGGAUGCCAGUGAAGAUGCAAGCCCGAUUGUGGAAGCUAAUGGAGACACUAGCCCACUGCAGGAGGCUUGUAAAUUAGCUAGCCCAACUCAAGAGGUUAGCAAAAGUGCUACUUCAAAGUUGGACAUAAGCAAUACUGCUAACUCAAUGCAAGAUGGUAUCCCAGAACAGGAAGUCCAAAUGGAUCAUGAGAAGGCUGUUUCUCACAUAAAAGACGUCAACAGCCUAAGUGCCCAACGAACUGGAGACAAACCCAAAGAGAAUAGUAAAUAGAUAUAUCUCUAUUAUUGUGGAAGACAAGCCACGGCCCCUUACUGUUUAUUUAUUUUUGUCUUUCUUAAGUGACGCACAGAAAUAAAGAAGGAGCUGAAACAAAUUUAAAUAAAAACCAAUGGCAGAACCUUUCACUGUCUGUUCAUCCAAUGUGGCUAUUGUUAGGUGUCCGCAGCAGAAACUGGCAGUUGAAUAUGUCUGUCAGAGUAUCUCUGUCUUUUGAGCAGUACAGUAAGUCAUUUUUAAUUAAACGUGGCUUUGUUUUGUUUUUUAGAAAUGCUUCACUGGUUUACAUCAAGUUAAUUGCAAUUUGUAAAACCCCUUUGUGAUGUCUUUACUAAUAAUGGAUGUCUCCCUUACUUCCAGGUAGACCAAAAAAAAAAACAUUUUGUUUUUGUUUGCUCAAGUUAAUAUUCCAAUAGCUUCCUCUUAAUGUUUGACCCAGACAUCGUUAUUUGUCUGAAUACACAUCUAGAUUCAGGUUAUGACAUCUCUGUUGAGACCGCUGCCAUCUCACUUUCCUCUUACUGUUUCCUUCUAAUAGCGUUUGCAACAGAACUGAAGAGAUCUGGUGUACAAGGCAGAUCUCUGCACUUGACAAGAUUCCUUUGAGUUUGAGCAGUUUGAAAUGUGACAAUCUAUUAUUUGAGUCAAAUGAGGUUGUAUACGUUGUGGGUGACUGAGCUGUCUGAACUUAAUUACUUUAUGAAUGUACCUUAAGCUCUCAAGUUGCAGUAAUGACCUAAGGAUGUCUCGUCAUAACGAUGAGGGUCUCACUUAUGCUCGCCUAAGAUAAAGCCAUACUGUCAGAAAGGGGAUCAAAAUUCAAACCUCAGCCAAGCAUGACCUGUAAAUUGAUCCAUUUAUUUGACACAAUCACGUUGUAAUCAUUUCAAUUUGGACUGUUGGACAGCCAUGGGUUCAUCUCAACAGGGCUCAUCCUAUAUUAGACUGCUUCUGAUCAUUUUGUUGUUUAGUUUUUUCUGUUAUCUUUUAUAUUUGCAGCAUUGGCUUGUGUUAACAUUUGUCGCAACCUGGUGUCCAGCUAGACAUGCAGUAUAGUACAUAAAUAACAACUGGUACUGUGCUCAUUUCAUUUUCUAGUAGUGGUGGUGUUGGUAGAGGAGUCCUAAGUUUGUAUAUUUGUGUCAUCUGGUUUAUACAAAUGUUUUGCCAUGACAGGAGCAACUAUUUUCAGAAUUAAAUAGAAAUUAUCUUCAACCCGGGCCUAACAUUUUAAUAAUGCUUCUGUAAGGUCCUACUUUUCUGGAUCUGUCACCAGCUUUUAGAAUGAGCUGCAUGUCAGUUUACAGCAUACACUGCAAGUGUUAAUCUGAGUACUUCAUUUCAAAUAUUACUUGCAGCAUAUGUAAAAUAUAUGAUUUGGUACUUGUUUUUUAAUUGUUUACAUUUUCCACCCAUUUGUAACCCAAUCUAUAUGCUGCUUUUCCAAGAUGAUAUUGACUAACUUUGUAGACCCUUACAGAUUUAACAAUACACACAAUUAAAAUAUAAACCACUGUCAACAGACUCCUCUCCAUCUUCCCACGAUGCAGUAGUUUGAGUUGUUUUCUGCGUAAAGAAGGAGGUUGUACAGUACAGUCUAUUUGGAGGAUAAGCAAACUUGAGAGAAAUCUGUCCACAUUGAACGGGCCGGAGAUUAAAGUUCAUCUAAUUUCUCACUUCA